AUGUAUUGCUAUAGAUCUUUACAUGAUCUGGAUAAGGCACUUUUAGAUGCUGACGUGUUAUUAAGAAUAAAUCCAAAUUGUUUUGAGGCAUUAUGUGUUCGGGGAAUUAUAUAUAAAUUAAGGGGUAAAUACAAUGAGGCAUAUUUAGACCUUAAAAGAUCACUGGAUAUAAAGCCCGAUCUUGCUGAAAGCAGCAUUGAAUUUUGCCAUAGCGAUAUGACACACAUAGAUUAUGAUGCAUUUCAAGAUAUUAGACUUUUGGAUGAGGGUGGUUUUGGCGAAAUUUUUCAAGCCACUAGCAUAAAUGAUUUAGGAAAGCAAAUAAAAGUUGCACUCAAAUAUUUAAAAUCUUCAAAAGAUUUCUCUAUAGAUAUCGCAAACGAGAUUCAUGAACGUGGAUUAAUCCACCGUGAUUUACAUUCAAAAAAUAUAUUAAUUUGCGAAAAUGGAGAUCAAGAACUCACUAAAAUAGGAGAUUUAGGAUUGGCAACGUUUGCUAACGAACUAACGUCAAAAAAUAAAAUUUAUG